AUGAUUUUUCCGGUUACCUAUGAAGUGGCAUCUACCAUUUGUCCGUUAGCACACGCUAACUCCGUUUUCCGAUCGAUGGAGAAGGGAAAAACAGACAACCUGUGGCUCUUCAAAUCAAUUUUCUCUAAAAGGAGCAAUGGCAGCGAAGAGAGUGCCGACGCCCAUGCCGCUAACGAGAACGUCCCUAUCUAUUUCUUGUCUUCUAAUGCUAACUCCGUCGCCUUUCGUUGCUCCAAGAUUCUUGGCAUAUCAACAGAAGAGUUACAAGAGCAAUUUGAUUUUGAGGUCCCUGAUUACUUUAGGCAACCUCCACUACGUGCUAGGAACUUUGUGGAGUUUUGCUCGUAUAAGGCACUACAUAUGGUUACAUCACAACCCAAUUAUCUGAAUGAUAAGGACUUUUCCCGGCUGACAUUUGAUAUGAUGAUUGCAUGGGAGGCCCCUGGCGUUGAUAGUGAUCUCAUUCAUAGUGAAACCGUUUCUUGCGGCAAUCAGGAUGUGGAGGGUGAGGAUGGUUGGUCAUUGUUCUAUUCCAGUUCCACCAAAAUGGCUGUUCAGGUUGAUAACAAAAAAACUGUUGGGCCAGAGGCUUUUGCUCGAAUAGCACCUGCCUGUCCAAUUAUUGCAGACAUUACCACAGUUCACAAUCUUUUUGAUGUUCUGACAAGUUCUUCAGGUCCCCGGCUUCAUUUUUUGAUAUACAACAAGUACAUUCAGAGUCUUGAAAAGGUCGCAAAAUUUAUGCAAAAUGCAGUGGGACCGCAUGUCCUUUCCAAUCUCCCACUGGCUGAUGGUGAAUUUAUUAUAGACGUAGAUGGCACAGCUCCCACCCAGCCGGUUUUGCAACACAUUGGGAUGUCUGCAUGGCCAGGGCGUUUGACAUUGUCAAAUUACGCUCUUUACUUUGAGACUGGCGUGGGUUUAUAUGACAAGGCUGUAAGGUAUGAUUUGGCAACCGAAAUGAAGCAAGUUAUAAAGCCGGAACUAACUGGACCCUUAGGUGCUCGUCUCUUUGAUAAAGCUGUGAUGUACAAGUCAACAUCCAUAGCAGAGCCUGUCUAUUUGGAAUUUCCAGAAUUCAAAGGUUGCUCAAGGAGGGACUAUUGGUUGGAUAUCUGUCUAGAGAUUCUCCGUGCACACAAGUUCAUCAGGAAGUAUAAUCUGAAAGAGAAUCAGCAGUUUGAAGCGCUUGCUCGGGCAGUCCUUGGAAUAUUUCGGUUCCGUGCAGUUAGAGAAGCCUUCCACAUUUCCUCGUCUAGUUACAAAACCCUGUUGUGUUUUAAUUUGGCUGAGAGUCUUCCUGGAGGAGAUAUGAUAUUGGAGACCUUAUCCGGUCGCUUGACACUUAUAAGUUCAACUACUAGUGCUGGUUAUCAUGAUUUUCGACAACGUUCCCCUAGCGCAAAUAGACAGCAGUUAUCUCCAGCUGCUCUCGUGACACUUAUUAGGCUCAAAAUUGUUUCAUCACAAGAUUCACAACAAAAUAGUGAAGCAACAUAUCGCCAAGCUGGAGACAUUGCUGUUGGUGAAUCAAAUCCCUUAGAAGCUGUCGUUAAGCAGUUGAAACAGGAUACUGGGAUGGCUGAAGCUGCUCAAGCAACUGUUGACCAAGUCAAAGUGGAAGGAAUUGAUACCAAUUUAGCUGUGAUGAAGGUGUCUUUCCUCGAAUACUUAAUGCUGUAUGUCCUAGAGUUGCUCUUCCCUGUUAUUGAAAUGUGUAACCGGCUAAAUCGUUUGGCUUCAUGGGAUGAUCCCUACAGAUCAGUGAUAUUUGUGUUGUUCUUCAGCUAUGUGAUAGUCAGGGAUUGGGUCAGGUACAUGUUACCAUCAAUUUUCAUAGUCUUGUCACUUGUAAUGCUCUGUCGCCGUUACGCUUGGAAAAGAGUGCAACUGGAAGCAUUCAAAAUUGUAGGUCCGCCGAAUAAGAAUCCAGUAGAGCAGCUUUUAACAUUACAAGAAGCUAUUACCCAAACUCAGUCUCUAAUCCAAAGUGGCAAUAUAACCCUUUUGAAAUUACGAGCGUUGCUUUUUGCUGUUCCACCACAGCAAUAUUCUGAAAACCGGACCCGGCAUGUACACCGGUCCGGUUUGAGGAAUGGAACUGCUCAAGCCCGAAACCGGCUAAAGUUCAAACUGGCAGCGGUUUGUCCGGCUGGGCAGUCCUGUGCUGUAGCUCGUAAAGGAGAAGUAGCAACAGACGAGCUGGUUCUCUUGUUGGUGGUAAUGGCCAUAGUUCUUGCUUUUGUACCAACAAAGUAUCUGAUAUUAGUUUUGUUUUUAGAGGGUUUCACAAGGAACAUGCCAUUAAGAAAAGAAAGUAGUGAAAGAGGGGUGAGACGGUUGAGGGAGUGGUGGAUCCGGAUUCCUGCAGCUCCCGUUCGGCUUACAAGGCCUGAUGACAAAAAGAGAAAGUAAAACACGUAUAGUUUUUCCAGCCUGAACCCUGAUUGAGAUUCCAUUUGAUGUAUUUAAAUUUCUCACCAUGAACAAAAUUUGCUAAAAUGAUUGGUUGAGAUGCAGGGGUACUGAAUGGCGUGCGCUAGAUUUCGUAGGCUUAGAGCAUCUCCAAUGGUCUUUCCAUUGCUGCCACAUGACAUAAAAAAUCUGACGUGGCCUGAAAAAUGUCUAGAAGGCUUUCUAGAUGUAGAAGUCCUUCUAAACAACUUCUAUUAUAUAUUAUAUUAUUUAUUCAAUUUAUCUUUCUUCUCCAACCAAUUACAAUUUUACACAUCACAAAUGACACUACAAUUAACACUAACCAUUGGAGACAAAAAAAUUUAAUUCCCUUUCUCCAUGUUAUACAUAACAAUCUCCAUUGGAGAUGCUCUUA